AUGUCGAGCCUACUCCUCAAGUGGCUCAAUGAAGACGUGCAGCUAUCGCAGCACGUCGAGUGCUUCGAGAGCGACUUUGCCAGUGGGUACUUGCUUGGCGAGAUCUUGCAUCGAAGUAACCAGCAGCACAACUUUUCCGACUUUGUCCCCAGCGAGACAGCCGACGCCAAGAUCGUCAACUUUUCUCUGCUCGAGCCAACGAUGCGAAGUCUCGGCAUCAAGUUUGAUGCAGUCACGGCCACGAAUGUGAUGAACCAGCAAGCAGGGGUGGCCGCCAAACUCUUGUACCAAAUCAAGACGGCUGUAGAGCGUGUACGACGGUCCGGCACGAUAUCAAACCGACCACACGUCGCCGGAGGCGUGCUCCCAAUUCACAACAUCCCGUCCCGCUUGCCAAAACAUGCGUAUGACCAAGGGCAGCACAGGUCCUUCGAGCACACCAUUCGCGUCCACGUCAAAGCUGUCGAGGUCCUGGCGCAGGAAAAGUACUCCCAAACCGCAAACGCCGCCGCGAUAGCUCAAGCCAAAGCCGACUACAUCGAUGAGCUGGUUGCAACUCGGCAGCAACGGCUCCACUUGACCAAGAUACAGCGCGAAUUCACUCAGGUUCAUCGCUUUGAGGGCGAGACGGAAGCGUGGACAGCCGCUCAAGCAAAGCGCAUGGAACGCGAGCAUCGCAAAGCCCGCUACGACAACUUCGUCGCCCAGAGGCAAGCAUCCAAGCGAGUACGUGUUAGCCAGUCGGCUCGGACGCAAGUGGACACCGGAAUCAACACCUUUGAGGCGGUAGGAUGCCGAAGAGGAAUAUCCAAGCGAAUGCCCAAACAAAUUUCGAUCGGCUAUGGCAUUCGGUCGCUGUCGUCCGUGUACGCUAAAAUCGACGUGGAUGUUCCGGACCACCCAUUGAAUCAAGUGCUUUUCAAAAACGGCGACGGCGAUACAGGCAUGCCGGCGGAGAAGCAGCUCCACGUCGACUUGGCGCGCCAGAAACGACUCCAACGAGAAGUUCGAUGCGACCUAGCAGGUAAACGUCGCGCCAAGUUCGUCAAACUUUGCGACACCCGCCAACGCCAGCGCUCCGAGAAACUGGACUUGAAUCGCCUCGAAGCGACCUUGCUUCGGUCGACAACGUCCGAGUUGGCCGUGGAAUCCACUCGUCGCAACGUCCUGACCUACAUGGACGUGGUCGUGGCGAAUCGAGAGUACCGAGAAAGCAAGUACGCCAAGCGGCGCAAGCGCGAUGAGCUCGAAGCGAUCACGCGCGAUGCAUCCGCCUACGGCAUGAUCCACCAUCGAUAUACCGACGCCGUGUUGGCGCAGAACGAGCGGUACGAUCGGCUGUCUCUGGCAGUCAUCGCAGCGACGUCCAAACAGCAUCACGUGUUGUGUGCCCAAGUGCUCGAUCGGGUCCUCGACGUCGUGCAUGAAGCUGCCACGUACCGCACGACUUCGACGUGGAUUGCGCCACCGGACGAGUUCCUUCCCGACGUGGCAUGGGACGAGUACAAAGCGUUCUUUGUCCACGCGACGGACACUGAGUUUGCGCAAUGGCACGGUGCCGCCUUUCAUGCGAGAUUGGAUGGCCACGAAUACUUGCAGCAUGUGGAGGGCACACGAAUGACAGCGAUCGCAUCCGUCGCGUCGACGCCCCCAGACAGCUUGGCCCUGUCACUUGCGGGCGCGCCACCUUUUAGCUGUGGCCAUCUCGCUGCGCCGCAUGUCCUUGGCGAGAUCGUCAAGUACGCACGUGUGCUGACGGACCCCCUCCCGCUUCCGCCGCCAAAGCCCGAUCUACCGUCGUUUUCACUCAAGAUUGUGCUGCUCGGGAAGCCGUUCUCCGGACGUAAAACACUCAGCAAACGAUUGUGCGCCGCGUACAACCUCGCAUCGCUGUCCGUUCACUCGUUGCUCGAGGCGGCGAUCGCUCAAGAGACAGAACUCGGCCGGCGCGCGACGACGUUGUUGCAAGAUGGGCUAGCCGUCCCCAACGACGUGUAUAUAGGGCUCUUGCACGAGGCAUUGGUGGCCCUCGGAAAAGUGCAUCCACCCGUGCAAGGGUGGGUCCUGGAGGACUUUGUUUGCGACGUCGAUGAAGCGAGGGAUCUUGUACGGCUCCUUGGUGGAGUGGUGCCGGGGGAGUUGCCGCGGACGCCGGCCGACCGCGAGUCGCUGUUGGCGCCGGGACAGCCGGACCCGCCGCUGCCGUCGACAUUCUUCCAAGGCAAGUCGGGGCUCGACAUGGUGUUCAUGCUACCGAUUCAGCGCACGAUGUUGUAUCGGCAUUGCCUCGGCAAACUCAUUGACCCUGUCACCCAUGCGCAGUUUCACAUUCGAUCCAAUCCGCCACCCGAGGACUCGACCGUGCGGUACCGUCUCCAGCUAUGGAGCGACGGCAUCAUCGCGCCGGAGAACUUGUCCUUGCACGCUCAAAGCCAUGACUCGACCGACGCAGACGUCCUGGCGUGGUUUCGCCAGUAUGACGCUCUUCGCCAUGUCGACAGCAAGUGCGCAGACAUCGCGUCCACUAUCUUCGAUCACGUGGACCAUUUCCUCGCAGAUGCCGCUGCCGCUAAACAUCAAGCCGAGCGGGCCGUCGAGUCGGCAGCAGCCAUGGCGCUUGGCGCGGAAGAGUUUCGGACGAGGCAGUUGGUCACCCUGGACGCUGCAAUCAUCGCUGCCCAAGCGGACGAUGCGGCAGCGACGGCCGCCGUCAAGGCAGCGGAAGACGCCAAGGCGAAAAAAGAUGAACUGGCGGCACUGAAAGCCGCCGCCGACGCCGCCAAAACCGCCGUCGACCAUGCCGUUUCCGCAGCCACGGCAUUUCUCGCAAAGUUUGGACGCCCUCCGACGGUUGCCAUGGCUCCGCCUUGCGUCGCCCCUGUGCAAUCGCUUGCCGAGUACGUGGCAUCGCUAUGGGCGACGACAGAGCGAACGUAUGAGUCCGUGCUGCAGCGGUGCUUUGCACGAUUUCGUCGCAUGCGCGACCUGGCGUCAUCCCAUUGUGUCCAAGUCGUGUCUUCGUUCUGUGCGUUCGUUCGCCGAGUCGACGCGCGGCAGUCCCUCGUGGAUGAGUUCCAAGCGGACUUCAAUGCUGUGAUUGAAGAUAUGCGGUUCGAUCCGGCAACGCAGGCCGAGCUCCACGUCCGCACGGACACCCUCCAGGACACCCUGUUGUCAUUGAUCGAGACGAAGGGGGCGGAGACAGCGAUGGAACUGGGCCGGAUGUUACAAGCUGACGGAUGGAAGGACGUGUUGAGCCAGUCGGUGGUGCUCCUCGGGCAAAUAUGCCUUCAAGCCGAAGUUGAUCGGUUUUUCGCAUCCGUGGCGAUUCUCGUCGACGCCAUUCAAGGCCAUGAACUUGGAUUGGGCAAGCUAGUGGACGGAGACGCCACCGACCCGUCGAGCGCAUUGCUGCCACCCAUUCUCUUGGUCAAGGACCCACAUGCCGAAGAUGAAAAAGAGGCCAAGAAAGCUCCAAAGAAGGGGGUCGCGGCGACCGCGGCGGUCGUUGCUGCCGAUGCAGAGGCACCGCCGACUCCCGAACACGACUUGACGGUUCUAGUGCAAAAAGCCAUCGACGUUUGCAAAAAACUAGCCGGGCGAUUUGUCAAGGCGGACGAGAAAGCGCCCGAUGCCGGAACACCCGCCGCGCCGGCACAGGCGCCGACCAAAGAAGCCAAGGCCCAUACCUCGAAGAGUAAAGCCGACUUGCACCACGACAAAAGUGGCGGGGGACUUCCCCCUGCGUACAAAGAGACUCUGGGGAGUGUCAACGCUAUCCGAGCGCUUGUGUUCGAGCUUGCGUUGGUGCAAGCUCGGAUUCAAGCCAUUGCAACGAUGACAGAGGCGACUCUCGGCAAAAUCCACGGGGGGGUGGUGGCGUUGGAGGCCGACUUACAACAAGUGCUCGUGUCCAGGCUGGCGCGGGAGCGUGGGGCCGUCCAGAGUUUGAUUGUAGGAGUUCGACACGCCAUCGAAAUGCACGUCGCGCUGCCGCACCGCUUGGUUGUUCAUACCACCGUCGUGGAUCGGUACCCGCCCCACCGCCAGGAGCGCGAAGACACAGAUGUGCGUCUGUCCAAGAGCUCUCGCAUCAUGGCGCCGCCGCCCGUGCCUCCAUACCCCGUUGUCGAAUACCUCGAUAGACUGUACCUUUCCACCACCCAGCUCAACGCGCUCGUGGCGACGUUCAAGGACGUGGCGUUGGAGUCGACGGGGCGGCACGACUGCGUGCCGCGCUCGGUGUUUGUUCAAGUCUUUACGCGGCUGGCGUCGACGGCGACUCGAUUGCCUUCUGCGUGGCACACGAUGCAUCUCGCGCAAUACAUGGAGAUGGCGUCCUACUUUGACAAGAACGAAUCGGGACUCAUCAAGCUGUUCCCGAACGUGAUGCAGACCUUCCAGGCAAAGCACAAGGUUGACGACAUGCUCAAGGCAAUCAAGUUUGAGGCGGGAGCGGCGGUGGACGACACCCCCGCGCCGCUCCACGACGGGCAUGGAUUCACUUUUCAACGCGACAGAUGA